CAUCGUAAUUAGUGCGGCUGCGUUGCAGGGCGAUUAAUUUGUCAUUGGAGAGAAAGACUACAGGAUGAAAUAGCGUGACAUACAGAUGUGUCCGUUCCGACAAUAACACGACUCUGGUUUAUUUUAUAUUCCAGCAUCAGUAGCUGGAUCAGAGGGUCUGCGGCUCGAGGCGGAGCAGGUGCAGCAGGAUAACGCUGAUGCGCGUCUAGAUGCGCGCGCCUCCUCCUCUCUAUCUCUAGUCCAGACACUGCCGCAUCACCUCCAUCAGCUCCAUCAGCUCCAUCAUGGGGAACCGGGGCAUGGAGGAGCUGAUCCCGCUGGUCAACCGGCUGCAGGAUGCCUUCAGCUCCAUCGGGCAGAGCUGUAACCUGGACCUGCCGCAGAUCGCCGUGGUGGGUGGCCAGAGCGCCGGGAAGAGCUCGGUGCUGGAGAACUUCGUGGGCAAGGAUUUUCUUCCCCGUGGAUCCGGCAUCGUCACCCGCAGGCCCCUGGUUCUGCAGCUCAUCAGCGCAAACGCAGAGUGGGCCGAGUUCCUGCACUGCAAAGGGAAGAAAUUCACUGAUUUCGAUGAGGUCCGCCAGGAGAUCGAGGCUGAGACGGACCGCGUCACCGGGGCCAAUAAAGGCAUUUCUCCCAUCCCCAUCAACCUGAGGGUUUAUUCCCCACACGUUCUGAACCUGACCCUCAUUGACCUUCCGGGCAUCACUAAAGUGCCGGUGGGCGAUCAGCCGGUCGACAUCGAGCAUCAGAUCCGAGACAUGAUCAUGCAGUUCAUCUGCCGCGAGAGCUGCCUGAUCCUGGCCGUGACUCCGGCUAACACUGACCUGGCCAACUCGGACGCGCUCAAACUGGCCAAAGGCGUGGACCCUCAGGGCCAGAGGACCAUCGGUGUGAUCACUAAACUAGACCUGAUGGAUGAAGGAACAGACGCUCGAGACGUGCUGGAGAACAAGCUCCUGCCUCUGCGCCGCGGAUACAUCGGAGUGGUCAACCGCAGUCAGAAGGACAUCGAUGGGAAGAAGGACAUCAAAGCGGCUCUAGCAGCAGAGAGGAAGUUCUUCCUGAGUCACCCGUCCUACAGACACAUAGCAGACGGCAUGGGCACCCCACACCUGCAGAAGGUCCUCAAUCAGCAACUGACCAACCACAUCCGGGACACUCUGCCUGCCUUCCGCAGUAAACUACAGUCACAGCUGCUUUCACUGGACCGAGAGGCUGAGGAGUACCGGCACUACCGGCCCGAUGACCCGUCACGCAAGACCAAAGCCUUGCUGCAAAUGGUGCAGCAGUUCUCGGUGGACUUCGAGAAGCGUAUCGAAGGCUCUGGGGAUCAGGUGGACACCGUGGAGCUGUCUGGAGGAGCCAAGAUCAACCGCAUCUUCCACGAGCGCUUCCCCUUCGAGCUGGUCAAGAUGGAGUGCGACGAGAAGGAAAUGCCGGAAAUCAGCUACGCCAUCAAGAACAUCCACGGCAUCAGGACGGGUCUGUUCACUCCAGACAUGGCCUUCGAGGCGAUCGUGAAGAAGCAGGUGGUGAAGAUCAAGGAGCCGUGUAUUAAGUGUAUUGAUCUGGUGGUUCAGGAGCUGAUCAACACGGUCCGUCAGUGCUCUAAUAAGCUGGAUUCGUUCCCUCGUCUGCAGGAAGAGACAGAGCGGAUCGUCACGUCUCAUAUCCGCGACCGAGAGAGCAAAGCCAAAGAGCAGGUCCUGCUGCUCAUCGACGUUCAGCUCGCCUACAUUAACACCAACCACGAGGACUUCAUCGGCUUCGCCAAUGCUCAGCAGCGCAGCAGUCAGGCGAGUAAGAAGAGUUCGGCGGGGAAUCAGGAGCUCCAGGUGAUCCGCAAGGGCUGGCUGACCAUUAACAACAUCAGCAUCAUGAAGGGAGGAGCGAAGGAGUACUGGUUCGUGCUGACCGCCGAGAGUCUUUCCUGGUUCAAGGAUGGCGAGGAGAAAGAGAAGAAGUACAUGCUGCCUCUGGACAAUCUGAAGGUCAGGGACGUGGAGAAGAGCUUCAUGUCCAGCAAGCACAUGUUUGCCAUCUUCAACACAGAGCAACGGAAUGUCUUCAAGGACAACCGUUUCUUGGAGCUGGCGUGUGACAGUCUGGAGGAGGUGGACAGCUGGAGAGCAUCUCUUCUGCGCGCAGUUUAUCCUGAGAAGGCUGCGGUGGAGAGUGAGAGUUCUGGCCCGUCUGAGAACUUCUCCAUGGACCCUCAGCUGGAGAGGAAGGUGGAGACCAUCCGGAACCUGGUGGACUCCUACAUGGCCAUCGUCAACAAGUGCAUCCGUGACCUCAUGCCCAAGAGCAUCAUGCAUCUUAUGAUCAAUAAUGUGAAGGACUUCGUGAACGCGGAGCUCCUGGCUCAGCUGUACUCGGCCGGGGAUCAGAACGCUCUGAUGGACGAGUCUCAGGAGCAGGUUCAGCGGCGUGAGGAGGUUCUGCGCACACACCACGCUCUGAAGGAGGCUCUGGCCAUCAUCGGAGACAUCUCCACCACCACCGUCUCCACCCCGCUGCCUCCGCCUGUUGAUAACUCCUGGCUGAGCGCGGCGGAGAGGUCUCCUCCUCCGAGUCCCACGGCUCCUCGCCGGAUGUCUGCGGGACAGAGACCUGCUGGUAGAGGAGCUCCUCCGCCUCCAUCCCGGCCCGGGCCCCUGGGGCCCCUGAACAACAGCGCUGACAGCCCACAGGUGCCCAGCCGGCCCAACCGAGCGCCUCCCAGCAUCCCCAGCCGGCGUCCUCCACCUUCCCCGACCCGGCAGGUUCCUCCGUGAGCGGCUCGAGCCGCCGAAGCCCUGCAUGUCCAGUGGUCUGGUCUGGUCUGGUCUGGUCUGGUCUGUGAUAGCAGUGCUUGUGUUGUCUGUCAGUGCCUGUGCUUCAGAACAUCUCCAACCCUUCGUGAUCUGCUCUGCUUCUCUCCUGAAGCUCCAGUCACGUUCUAGCCCUGCAUGUUCCUUCAUCUUAGGCUGUUGAUAUGCGUCUUCACAUACUCGUGUCAUAUUGGACCAUAGUGUGUGUGUGUGUGUGUGUGUGUGAGCGGUAUAUAUUAGUGUGUGUACGUCUGGAAGCGUGCGCGCGUGUGUGUGUGUGUGUUUGUGGCUAAAUUAAAAUAUAAAGGUGUAAAAUAGUUGUCUUUACAUUUAAAUUAUUAAUGUUUUUAUUUCAGUAAUGUUGUUUGUCAUUGAAAAGGCUCAGAGAGACC